UACUUUCGCGCAGAGCAUUGCAUCCCGAACAAGAAAAGGAAAGGCUGUCACAAGUACAUUAAAGAUUUCUGCUCCAAAUUUACAGUAAGUUUCUGCUAACGCCUUUAAAAACACACCCGUGCAUUCCGUUUGCUCCACUGUAAUAGGCGAUGGCCGAGAAAGCAGAGGCGUGUGAAAAACAGGACAAAUACCGCCUGUCACUCCAGUUCAGCUGCUCAGUAAAAACGUUGAGCGAAUGAAUGCAGUUAUCUUCGACAACAAACGUGGCAUUUUUGCAUAUUCACAACAGCUGUCUAUUGUAAGAAAUUAUGUAAUAAAAGGAGAAAACGCUUUCUCUUAAAUUCACUGUUAAUUGGGAAUUUUGUCUCUCCCGGGUUCCCGGUUUCUUCCCCAGGGCUCGCUCGUUAGGCACAGGUUUUUCGAUUUCGACCGCACGCCUAGGAGGCGACGUUACGCCCAGGGGGCGUGUCCACAAAGGGGCGGUGCAUGCGCGCUGACGACUAAUCUGGCAGCCGGAAGCUGCCUCGGUCUACGGAGGAACAGGGCAAACUCUUGACUUCCGGCGGCAUUUUGAGGCGAUCCUCCCAGCGGCCUGAUAGUGUUUUCCUUGUCUUUUCUUACUCUCCAGUCUCUCUUCGUUCCUUUUUUUCAUACGUCCCAGGCUCGCUUGACCCUGGCGAAGCGGCGGGCGGGUUCCGCUCCCUAGCCAUCCCGGAGUCCCCCGGUAGCCGAGGACCGGUUCCCGGGAGCCGCGCGCGCACCUCCUUCUCGCUGUCGUCUUCCCGGGGCCAGGCGCGGGGACUGAGAGUCGCCUCCCCCGCUCCUUGGAGCGGCGGCGGCGGUGCCACCUCCGGACUGCGCUUGCAAAAGGAGCUCGGCGAGGAGGCCUCCCUGUAACCUAGACCUGGUCCUGAAACUCAGUGUCACGUUAGUCCAAGGUCUGACACUGUUGGACUCUCUAAGAAAAGAGGAGAAUACGUCUUUACUUCAUUGCUGUUCUUCCCUAAGUUGGAAGACUCAACAGUAGCAGAAGUAAAACUCCUGGGAUAAUCACUAUUAGUACAAAAUGUCAAAAAUUAGAAGGAAGGUCACAGUGGAAAAUACCAAGACCAUAUCUGAUAGCACAUCCCGAAGACCCAGUGUAUUUGAGAGGCUUGGACCCAGCACUGGCAGUACAGCAGAGACACAGUGCCGUAACUGGCUGAAGACUGGCAACUGCCUCUAUGGAAACACAUGUAGAUUCGUACAUGGCCCUUCACCCCGUGGUAAAGGUUAUAGCAGCAAUUAUAGAAGGUCACCAGAAAGACCUACAGGGGAUCUUAGAGAAAGAAUGAAGAACAAGCGCCAAGAUGUGGACACUGAGUCCCAGAAACGAAAUACAGAGGAGUCAUCCUCACCUGUUAGGAAAGAAUCUUCAAGAGGGAGACAUAGGGAAAAGGAAGACAUAAAAAUCACUAAGGAGAGAACUCCAGAAAGUGAAGAAGAAAAUGUAGAAUGGGAAACUAAUAGAGAUGAUUCUGACAAUGGAGAUAUUAAUUAUGAUUAUGUUCAUGAGUUGUCAUUGGAAAUGAAGCGUCAAAAGAUACAGAGGGAAUUAAUGAAGCUGGAACAAGAAAACAUGGAGAAAAGAGAAGAAAUUAUUAUUAAAAAGGAGGUUUCACCAGAAGUGGUUAGAUCAAAGUUAUCUCCAUCACCUUCUCUAAGGAAGUCUAGCAAAUCUCCAAAGCGAAAAUCAAGCCCUAAGUCGUCAUCUUCAACUAGCAAGAAAGACAGGAAGACAACUGCAGUAUCCUCUCCCUUGCUGGACCAGCAGAGGAAUUCAAAAAGCAACCAAAGUAAGAAGAAAGGACCUCGUACUCCUAGCCCACCCCCUCCUAUACAGGAAGAUAUUGCUCUGGGGAAAAAAUAUAAAGAAAAAUAUAAAGUACAAGACAGGAUAGAAGAAAAACCAAGAGAUGGAAAGGACAGAGGACGAGAUUUUGAAAGACAAAGAGAAAAAAGAGACAAGCCAAGGUCCACUUCCCCAGCAGGACAGCAUCAUUCUCCUAUAUCUUCUAGACAUCACUCAUCUUCCUCACAAUCAGGAUCAUCUAUUCAAAGACAUUCUCCUUCUCCUCGCCGAAAAAGAACUCCUUCACCAUCUUAUCAGAGGACAGUAACUCCACCUUUACGCCGCUCUGCUUCUCCCUAUCCUUCACACUCCCUGUCUUCUCCUCAGAGAAAGCAAAGUCCCCCAAGACAUCGGUCUCCAAUGAGAGAAAAAGGGAGGCAUGAUCAUGAACGAACUUCACAGUCUCAUGAUCGGCGUCAUGAAAGGAGGGAAGAGACUAGAGGAAAAAGGGAUAGAGAAAAGGACACAAGAGAAGAACGAGAGUAUGAACAGGAUCAGAGCUCUUCUAGAGACCACAGAGAUGACAGAGAACCUCGAGAUGGUCGGGAUCGGAGAGAUGCCAGAGAUACUAGAGACCGAAGGGAACUAAGAGACUCCAGAGACAUUCGGGACUCCAGGGAGAUGCGAGAUUACAGCAGAGAUAACAAAGAGAGCCGCGAUCCCAGAGAUUCUCGGUCUACUCGUGAUGCCCACGACUACAGGGACCGUGAAAGUCGAGAUGCUCAUCGAAAGGAGGACGCAUAUCAGGAAGAAUCCCGAAGUUACGGCAGAAACCAUUUGAGAGAAGAAAGUUCUCGCACUGAAAUAAGAAAUGAGUCCAGAACUGAGUCUCGAAGUGAAAUUAGGAAUGAUCGGAUGGGCAGAAGUAGGGGAAGAGGUCCAGAGUUACCUGAAAAGGGAAGUCGAGGCACAAGAGGUUCUCAAAUUGAUAGUCACAGUAGUACUAGCAACUAUCAUGACAGCUGGGAAACUCGAAGUAGCUAUCCUGAAAGAGACAGAUAUCCUGAAAGAGACAACAGAGAUCAAGCAAGAGAUUCUUCCUUUGAGAGAAGACAUGGAGAGAGAGACCGUCGUGACAACAGAGAGAGAGAUCAAAGACCAAGCUCACCAAUUCGACAUCAGGGAAGGAAUGACGAGCUUGAGCGUGAUGAAAGAAGAGAGGAACGAAGAGUAGACAGAACGGAUGAUAGAAGAGACGACAGGACUAGGGAAAGAGAUCGGGAAAGAGAGCGGGAGCGGGAGAGAGAGAGGGAACGGGAGAGGGAUCGGGAGAGAGAGAAAGAAAGAGAACUAGAAAGAGAGCGUGCUAGGGAACGGGAGAGGGAGAGAGAGAGAGAGAAAGAGAGAGACCGGGAAAGAGAGAGAGAUCGGGACCAUGAUCGAGAGAGGGAAAGGGAGAGGGAGCGAGACAGGGAAAAAGAGCGGGAGCGGGAGAGAGAAGAAAGGGAGAGGGAGAGAGAGCGGGAGCGGGAGAGAGAGCGAGAGCGAGAACAACGAGAAAGAGCGAGAGAGAGGGAGAAAGAACGAGAACGCCAGAGGGAGUGGGAAGACAAAGACAAAGGACGAGAGGACCGCAGAGAAAAGCGGGAAGAUAUCCGAGAAGACAGGAAUCCAAGAGAUGGACACGAGGAGAGAAAAUCAAAGAAGCGCUAUAGAAAUGAAGGGAGUCCUAGCCCUCGUCAGUCACCUAAGCGCCGGCGAGAACAUUCUCCUGACAGUGACGCCUACAACAGUGGAGAUGAUAAAAAUGAAAAACACAGACUUUUGAGCCAGGUUGUUCGACCUCAAGAAUCUCGUUCUCUUAGUCCAUCCCACCUUACAGAAGACAGACAGGGUAGGUGGAAAGAGGAAGAUCGUAAACCAGAAAGAAAAGAAAGUUCAAGGCGCUAUGAAGAGCAGGAGUUCAAAGAGAAAGUUUCUUCUGUAGAUAAGCAGAGAGAACAGACUGAAAUCAUGGAGAGCUCAAGAACUCGUUCACAAGACAUGAUAGGACACCACCCAUCUGAAGAUCGAGACACAUCUGAUCGAGCUCAUGAUGAAAACAAGAAAAAAGCAAAAAUUCAAAAGAAACCUAUUAAGAAAAAGAAAGAAGAUGAUGUUGGAAUGGACAGGGGUAACACAGAGACAAUGUCUGAAGAUGGUCAAGUAUUUUCACCAAAAAAAGGACAGAAGAAGAAAAGCGUUGAAAAAAAGCGUAAAAGGUCCAAAGGUGAUUCUGACAUUUCUGAUGAAGAAGCAGUCCAGCAGAGUAAGAAGAAGAGAGGCCCACGGACUCCCCCUAUCACAACCAAGGAGGAAUUGGUUGAAAUGCCCAAUGAUAAGGAUGGCACUAUGGAGGAUCCUCAGAAGAAAGAAGAUACAGCGUUCAGUGACUGGUCUGAUGAGGACGUGCCUGACCGCGCAGAGGUGACAGAACCAGAGCACGCUGCCACAGCUGCUACUCCUGGAAGGACUCCUUCCCCGUCUUCUCUUCCUCCUCCUCCUCCUCCUCUUGCCACGACGACGACUCCUGCUGCCACCAGCUUCAACACACUGACCACCACCAUUUCCACCUCUUCCACCCCAGCCAACACCACCAACACUUUUACCAAUGAAGACUCACAUAGAAAAUGCCACAGAACACGAGUGGAAAAGGUAGAGGCGCCUCAUGUUACUAUAGAGGAUGCACCACAUCGCAAGCCAGUGGAUCAAAAGAGGAGUAGCAGCCUUGGCAGCAAUCGGAGUAAUCGUAGUCAUACAUCUGGCCGUCUUCGCUCCCCGUCCAAUGAUUCUGCACAUCGAAGUGGGGAUGACCAAAGUGGUCGAAAGAGAGUACUGCAUAGUGGCUCAAGAGACAGAGAAAAAACAAAAAGUCUAGAAAUCACAGGAGAGAGAAAAUCUAGGAUUGAUCAGCUAAAGCGUGGAGAACCCAGUCGAAGUACUUCUUCAGAUCGCCAGGAUUCAAGAAGCCAUAGUUCAAGAAGAAGUUCUCCUGAGUCAGAUCGACAGGUCCAUUCAAGAUCAGGGUCGUUUGAUAGCAGAGAUAGGCUUCAAGAGCGUGAACGUUAUGAUCAUGAGAGAGAGCGGGAGAGAGAGAGGAGAGAUGCACGGCAGAGAGAAUGGGAGCGAGAUGCCGAUAAAGAUUGGCCCCGGAACAGGGACCGAGAUCGACUACGGGAACGGGAGAGAGAACGAGACAAAAGGAGAGACUUGGACAGGGAAAGGGAGAGGUUAAUCUCUGAUUCCAUGGAAAGGGACAGGGACAGGGACAGAGACAGAAGUUUUGAGAGUCCUCAAAUAGAGUCCGUAAAACGCAGUGAAGCAAAACUGGAGAGUGAACAUGAAAGAGACCUAGAAGGCACUUCCCGGGACUCUUUAGCUUUGGAUAAAGAAAGAAUGGAUAAAGAUCUAGGAUCUCUGCAGGGAUUUGAAGAUACAAAUAAAGCUGAGAGAACAGAGAGUAUGGAAGGAGAUGACGAAUCCAAGUUAGAUGAUGUGCAUUCGUUAGGAUCUGGUGCUGGAGAAGGAUAUGAGCCAAUUAGUGAUGAUGAACUAGAUGAAAUUCUGGCAGGUGAUGCUGAAAAGAGGGAGGACCAACAGGAUGAGGAGAAGAUGCCAGAUCCAUUAGAUGUGAUAGAUGUGGACUGGUCUGGUCUUAUGCCAAAGCAUCCAAAAGAACCACGAGAGCCUGGGGCUGCACUCUUAAAAUUCACGCCGGGAGCCGUCAUGCUGAGAAUUGGGAUCUCUAAAAAGUUGGCUGGUUCUGAACUCUUCACUAAAGUCAGAGAAACAUGUCAGAGACUUUUAGAAAAACCCAAAGAUGCAGAAAAUCUUUUUGAACAUGAAUUGGGGGCUCUCAACAUGGCUGCAUUACUACGAAAAGAGGAAAGAGCAAGUCUUCUUAGUAAUCUUGGACCAUGCUGUAAAGCAUUAUGCUUCAGGCGGGAUUCUGCAAUCCGAAAGCAGCUUGUUAAAAAUGAGAAGGGCACCGUAAAACAAGCUUAUACAAAUGCUCCAAUGGUAGACAAUGAACUCUUACGACUGAGUCUUCGAUUAUUUAAGCGGAAGACUACUUGCCAUGCCUCAGGACCUGAAAAGACUGAAGAUAAUAAACUCUCACAGUCCAGUAUCCAACAGGAACUGUGUGUGUCUUAAGACUGAAGUCCAGGCACAUUUUCGGUACUAUUUCCCUUCAUCAGUGCAUAUUCUUUUUCAAAGUUCUUUGGUUUGACAAGUGUUAUUAGUGACAAAGUCAGAAAAGACAUCAGCCAUGCUAAAAGAGUGACAAACUUUAAGUAAGUUAAAGACACUAGUUUGGCUAACAAGAUUUUACAAAAAUUUUUACACAGUACUUGAUUGAUGAUUGAUUGAUACUCAUGCAAAAUAAUGUGAAGGCAUCUAGAUUUAGUAGUUUAUUCUGUACCUUUUGUUAAAACAGAAGACUUUGAAAACGGUCGUCCCUGCUCUUCCAGGCUACACAGAUUUUUUUAUGAAAUGGAGCCACUGAUUUAUGUACUGGAUCAUCCUUAUAGAAACUGCGAUUUUCUCCAGAAACAGUGUGUUCACCAAAUGAACACACACGCCAUGCACUGCUGUGCUGCACAGGACACAGAAAGGGGGGCUGGGCCUGCAUGCUGUGUGUAGGCAGGAGCAAGCCACAAUCCUGUUCUCCUUUCUAAAAUUGUGACAAAACUACUUAAUGGCUCUUUGGUUUUUUUAAUAUAUGUGCAUUGUUACAAUGUAUAUUGGAUAUAUUUCGAGUCUGAAUGGUUUUGUUUGUUAUCAGAGACUGUUGACUAUUUUUAUUUUUAAUAAAUGUACCUUCCCUUUUCUUGUUGUAGAUUUACUGUGCUCUUCAUUAAUCUUACUCCUGAUGUUCUAAAACAUUUGUCAUCAACAUUACAUGUUUCAUACUUCAGAUAGAUAUUUUACUGCUGAAGUUAUUAUUGGACAGCUGUGAAUAAUGCAAUAAUAUUUGAGGAUGUGCUUCAAGUAUAGCUCAGUAAUACUUGAAACAAACCAAGAGUUAACCAACUUAUGUAAUCUGAGCUUUAAAAUCCUACCAUCAUACUUUUCAGAGCUAUAACCUUUGAUUACAUUAACCUGCCUCCAGAUACAGAGUGGUGAGAUUAUAUAAUGUUUAUGAGAAUAUACCAAACUGAAGAGAGGAAAUAAAUACAAGUGAUUUUACAUAAGCAUUUACUUGAAGAAUAAAGGAAAUUGAAACAGAUUAUUUCCUGUUUGGUUCAGGUAAGGAGCCCCAGUUGAGAAAGACAACAGAGGAAUUUUUUUUGAAUGAUGACACUUCUGAUUGUGGUCAUGGUUACUUGAAUAUAUACAUGAGUGAAAACUCACAGAACUGUACAUAAAAAGCCAGUUUUACGUAUCACAACUUACUUAUAAGAUAUUUUUUAUAAUGCAGAUGUGGUCAAGGCAUCUUCCUUUAAAGAUCCUAGAAGAAAAAUAAUAUAUAAAACAAUUUACUUUUUAUAAAUUAUAAUAUAUCUGCUUUAUUUUGUAUGUACAUAUUUAUCUCAUGAAGUGGACUCUUAGAAGGAUUUGAAAUGGACUCCAAACUGCAGAAUUUGUGGGCAGACAGUAAUAAUAAUAAUGAAGGAAACCAAUGAAAAUUGUAAUUUGAUGAUUGCCUUUCACAGGUUUGUGUUAAAACUGUAAUCCUGUUACCUGUCUCAGUAGUUGUGUAUCCUUUUCCUACAGGUAACCUAAUGUUACUGGUUGAAAGGUUAUAUUCAUUUCAAGAAACAUUCACUGUGAACUUAAUUUUUACAAAAUACUUACCCAGCAAAGGAAACAGUCUUAUUUCCAAAUGACCUGGAAAGCUUGUAUAAGAAAAUUACCUUCUUGGUUUUUGUUUUGCUACUUGUAAACAAAAAGAUUCAGGUGUGUUUCCUCUUCCAAUUGGUAAAUGUUUUGAAUAAAGA